AUGGGAGCCACACCUUUCACGGAAAGGAUCUUCAAAGCAAAACUCCCUAAAGGUUUUGAUAAACCCACUGACAUGAAGUACGACGGAACCAAAGAUCCCCAAGAACACCUAACGGCCUUCGAGGCCAGGAUGAACCUAGAAGGAGCGGCCGACGCAGUCCGAUGCAGGGCCUUCCCGGUGACCCUAGCCGGGCCAGCAAUCAAAUGGUUCAACGCCCUCCCGAACGGAUCCAUAGCUGGUUUCCACGACAUCACACGAAAGUUCAUGGCCCAGUUCACGACCAGAAUCACUAAAGCAAAACACCCCAUCAGCCUGCUAGGGGUCACACAAAAACAGGACGAAUCCACAAGGAAAUACCUCGACCGCAUCAACGACGAAUGUCUAACGGUCGACGGGCUCACGGAUUCAGUCGCAAGCCUUUGCUUAACCAACGGGCUCAUGAACGAAGACUUCCGCAAACACCUCACCACCAAACCCGUGUGGACCAUGCACAAGAUCCAAAACAUCGCCAAAGACUACAUAAAUGACGAAGAGAUCAGCCAAGUCAUCGCUGCCAACAAGCGGCAACACAACCACACCCAACACGGCAACCCGGCACCACGACAUAACCCACCACCCAGAGAAAAUCAAAAGGACCACGCCAAACUGACAAACACAAGCCGCCUACCAAGAAUCGGCAAAUUCUCUAAUUACACGCCCCUGACAGCACCAAUUACCCAGAUAUACCACAAAAUAGCAGAUCGAGGCAUCAUACCGAAAGCCCGACAACUCAAAGAAAGAACGGGAGGCAACAAAACCCUUUACUGCGACUACUACCGAGGUUACGGACACAGGACACAAGACUGUUUCGACCUUAAAGACGCCCUCGAACAAGCCAUACGAGACGGCAAGCUCCCAGAGUUCGCCAAAAUCAUCAGAGAACCAAAACGUGCGGAGAGAGACAGGUCACCAGAAAUAGAAGGGCGCAACCCAAGAACGCAAAAACAACCUCCUAGGGAAAGCCUAGAGGAAGUCCCAACCAUCAUCGUAAACGUCAUCACAGGCAAAGACGUAUCAGGGAAGUCAAAAUCAACACUGAAAAAAGAUCUCAAAGUGAUGGCCGUCAGAAACCAAACUCCAACCACCAUGGCCAACAAUACGAUAACCUUCCUACCUGAGGACUAG